AUGGACUGGUUGUUGUUCAAUUCCGUUCCCACCAACCACACCAAUCACUACUCCUGCAGCUACUCCACCUACUUCUGCAGCUACUCCACCUACUCCUGCAGCUACUCCACCUACUCCUGCAGCUACUCCACCUACUCCUGCUGUGACUGCAUCUUCCUCAUCCCUCACCAUCCCAUCAGUAUUCUUGUUCUGGUUUACAGGGAGGUGGAGGGUGGAAAGAAGGUGCACAAGAUCGCAGGAGGACGGAAGGGAACAGAGGCGCGUCAUGUGGGACACACUGCUCACAUUCUGUGUAUGGCCAUAUCAUCUGAUGGGAAAUACCUGGCUAGUGGGGACAUGAAUAAACUCAUCAUGAUCUGGGAUCCCGUGACAUGUAAACAUCUGUACAAGUUGAAAGGACACAGAGACGCUGUAUCGGGUCUGGCCUUUAGACGAGGGACUCAUACCCUCUACAGUGCGUCACACGACCGCUCAAUAAAAGUGUGGAGCGUGGACGAGAACGCUUAUGUAGAAACCCUGUUCGGCCAUCAGGACAUGAUCACUGGGUUGGACUGUUUGAGCAGAGAGAGAUGCGUGACUGCAGGAGGACGAGACAGAACAAUCCGAGUGUGGAAAGUAGCUGAAGAAUCACAGCUCGUCUUUCAUGGGCACGAGGGCUCCAUUGAUUGUAUCCAGCUGAUCAAUGAAGAGCACAUGGUUACAGGUGGAGAUGAUGGGGGCUCCAUUGAUUGUAUCCAGCUGAUCAAUGAAGAGCACAUGGUUACAGGUGGAGAUGAUGGCUCUCCGCCUUCUGUAUUUCCAUAUGAGACUGCUCUCCAAACACCUGAUUACCAUCAACAUCAUUGUGGUCCCUCCCCAGGCUCCCAUAAUUCAGCAGUGCAGCUGUGGAAGUGUGGGCAGGGAUUCAGAGGCCUGGAGCCGCUCUUCAGCGUCCCUAUGAGUGGAUUUGUGAACAGUCUGAAGUUCUCAAACUCUGGGAAGUUUCUUGUGGCAGGAGUUGGACAGGAGCACAGAUUGGGCCGAUGGUGGAGAAUAAAGGAAGCUAGGAACGGACUAUAUAUCAUUCCUCUUAAAAGACAAGCUCAAGAGCAAGAAGUUGUCCUGUAAUGUGCUCUGAUCCAGGACUUUAAUUUGGUAUCAAAGAACUUUUGGUUGCUUUUUUUUUUUUUUUUUAACACAUGUAAAAGAGGAGCUUUUGAUUAAAUUGA